UCCGGGUUUCCUCCCCGGACGCCAUUUGCCUCUGCGGUUCGGUCCCCGGUGGCCCUUACUAUCAGGACGCGGGGCCGGCCCCUGCCCUCAGGCCUUUCGUCGGUUCCCUUUCCCGAGCAGGGGAGGCGGGCCGGCCUCACCUUCGCGCCUGUGUCCGGGCCGUGAUUCCCCUGGCCGCUCAUCGGGCCGCGACCUCCCCGGGACCUGUGCGCUCGCCCUUCAUCCCCGCUGUCGUCGAGGGCCGCGCCCUGUCCACGAAGGACACUGCGGCCCUGAGUGCGACGGUCAGCCGAGGGCGCCGGUGGUCUUCGCCCCACGGUCGCACGAUGGCGGCGUCGCCGACCCGCCAGGCGCAGGUGUCUGUGUCCUUCGAUGAUGUGGCCGUGACCUUCACGCAGGAGGAGUGGGGGCAGCUGGACCUGGCCCAGAGGACCCUGUACCAGGAGGUGAUGCUGGAGACCUGCAGGCUCCUGGUGUCUCUGGGGUGUCCUGUUCCCAGUCCUGAGCUGGUCCACCAGCUGGAGUACAGGCAGGAGCUGCGGAUUGUGAAGAAGGACCUCUCCCAAAGCACCUGUCCAGGUGACAAAGAAAAACUCAGGAACACAGAACCUAUCACCUGUGAGCCUGCCCUGCCUGAGAGAUUCUCACUCGAGGAACAACUAACACAAAAAUUUGCACAGGACUCCCGGGUGAAUCAGGCCAAGGAUCGGGAUGGCCCAUCAGAAGUGUCCGUGCAGGAAGGACACCUGAGAUCAGGAAACCCUGAACGUGGGGGCUUAGGGCCACUUGACAGUGUGUGUUCGGGGAUUGUGAGGGAGCCAGUUCCUCAGGGAGGUGCUCUUCCUGAUCAUGACUCACAUGAAUUUGGUAAAGAUUCCAUGGUUCAGGAAGAGGAAAACCUCUUUAAGUGCGGUGAAUGUGGGAAGGUGUUUAAUAAGAAACACCUUCUUGCUGGACAUGAAAAGAUUCACUCUGGAGUAAAGCCCUACGAAUGCACAGAGUGUGGGAAAACGUUUAUUAAGAGCACACACCUCCUGCAACACCACAUGAUCCACACAGGGGAGAGGCCCUAUGAGUGCCUGGAGUGUGGGAAGGCCUUCAACCGGAAGUCGUACCUUACCCAACACCAGCGCAUUCACAGUGGAGAGAAGCCCUAUAAGUGCACUGAAUGUGGAAAGGCCUUCACCCACCGCUCCAAUUUUGUUUUGCAUAAGAGGAGACACACUGGAGAAAAAUCCUUUGUCUGCAAAGAAUGUGGGCAAGUGUUUCGACACAGGCCAGGGUUUCUUCGGCAUCACAUCAUCCACAGCGGCGAGAAUCCUUACGAGUGCUUCGAGUGUGGCAAGGUCUUCAAACACAGGUCCUACCUCAUGUGGCACCAGCAGACUCACACCGGGGAGAAGCCCUAUGAGUGCAGCGAGUGUGGGAAGGCGUUCUGUGAGAGUGCAGCCCUCAUUCACCACUACGUCAUCCACACUGGGGAGAAGCCCUUUGAAUGCCUCGAGUGUGGGAAGGCCUUCAACCACAGGUCAUACCUCAAGAGGCACCAGCGGAUCCACACUGGCGAGAAGCCUUUUGUGUGCAUGGAAUGUGGUAGGGCCUUCACCCACUGCUCCACUUUUAUCUUACAUAAGAGGGCCCACUCUGGAGAGAAACCUUUUGAGUGUAAAGAAUGUGGGAAAGCCUUCAGCACUAGGAAAGACCUCAUUCGGCACUUCAGCAUCCACACUGGAGAGAAGCCCUAUGAGUGCGGUGAGUGUGGCAAGGCCUUUAACCGCAGGUCAGGCCUCACGCGGCACCAGCGGAUUCACAGUGGAGAGAAGCCCUAUGAGUGCAUGGAGUGCGGGAAAUCCUUCUGCUGGAGCACCAACCUCAUUCGACACGCCAUCAUCCACACUGGAGAGAAGCCCUACAAGUGCAGCGAGUGUGGAAAGGCCUUCAGCCGCAGCUCAUCCCUCAGUCAGCACCAAAGGAUGCAUUCUGGGAGAAACCCUGUCAGUGUAACAGAAGUGGGAAGACCCUUCGCAAGUGGGCAGACUGCACUCACUCUCCGAGAACUCCUGUUGGGGAAAGACUUUUUGAAUGUAAACACUGAGGGAAAUCUUUUGCCGGAGAAAACAGCUACCACGGCAUCUGGUAGUACAUACCAAAGAGAGACCCCACAAGAAUCUUCGCUGUGAGAAAACCUUUUGUUGCUGAUCAUCACUUGUCACUGGAAGACACAUUUUAGAAACUGACACAGCCUAGAGCCUUAUUCUGCAUCUGAGAAUUCACCUGUGAGGGAGUGAUCAGCCUUACUGUGCACCAAGGAAAACCUUCCCCUCCAAUUUUUCACUUAGUUUGCAUUGUGGUGUAUCUCAGGAAUUUUCUGUUUUUGUUUUUGUUUUUGUUUUUGUUUUAAAGAAAGAGGAGACUUAGAAGAGAAAAUGCAAUGAGACUUCUCUGUUAAAGCCUACAGCACUUUGUCAUGGAUUACCUAGUUUACUUGGGGCAAGAAUAAUGUUUUAGGGGCAAAGGGCCUUCAUCCUUUAUGUAUUUUGUAUACAUUCAUAGCGAUCCAAUGUUAAGUGAGUUAGACAGUUGAGGGUGGGUAUUUAAGACCAUAAGGAUACACGUACAAAUGAGCAUAUUUUAUUCCAGUUAAGACUAUUAAGGCUUUGAUUUUUAAAAAACAAACCUUUAUGUAGUAGUUUUAAAACCUAAGACUUUUUCUUAAUCCCAAUUUAUUGUUUUGUUUCUGUAGCUAGACUGUAAAUCUUAAAAUUGAGUAAAGUGAUUCCACUCUGUUAUUUGAAAUUGACCUAGCUUUUAUAGUUCCUUUAACUUUUCAUAUAAAUCUUGAGAUUGUCUAGUCUUAUAAAAAAAAAGUCUUACUCAUUUUGAUAGAAAUUGAUUUACACAGGAGGUCAGUUUGAGAGUCAGCAUCAUGAACAAGCACAUGAUAUAACUACAUUUAUUUAAGUCACCUUUGGUUUAUUUUAUUAGCAUUUUAUAAUUUUCAGCAUUCAAGUUCUGAAAAUUUUUGUUAGCAUAUCUAGGCUUUUAUUUUUGAGUGAGAGUAAGUGGCAUAGAUUUUAAAUUUUUAUACAAAGGGUGUACAUGCUCUUUGGUAGUACACAGAAAUGUAAUUGUUUUGGGGGUAUUUUGGUAUCCUGCAGCCUUGUAGAACUCACUUCUUAUUAGCCAUUUCUUUGGAUAGAAACUUUGGGAUUUUCUACCUAGAAAUGUCAGCUGCAAAUACAGUUAUUUCUUCCUUUCCAAUUUGUAUACCUAUUAUUUCCUUUUCUUGUCUUAUUGCACUAGAUAGACCUUCCAGUAUGAAAUUGAAUAGUGUUGACGGGUUCCUGAUACUAGGGGGGGGAAUGUUCAGUUUUUCAUCCUUAAGUGUGAUAAUAGUUGUGAAUUGUUUUCAUAGUUUUCUUAUCAAGUUUAGAAAGUUUCCCUCUAUUCUUAAUUUGAAUGAGAAUUUUUUUAUUAUGAAUAAGUAUUAGAUUCUGUCAAAUGCUAUAUCAGUUGAUAUGAUGAUCCAAUUUUUGUCUCUGCAGCCUAUUGAUAUUACAGAAUUGCAAUGAUUUUGAAUAUUCAACCAGACUUGCAUUCUUGCA